AUGAUCAGUGUUUGGAAAGACCUGAGGUAUCUCCCAACUGCUGUUCUUGUCUGUAUGCAACGUCUUGCCAAUGGUAUUCUUGUUCCUCCUGGGUAUGCCGUUUUAUCAACAAAGAUCGAAUCUGGUUUCCCGUAUAUGAAGGCAGACGAGUGGCAAUUGUGGUGUCUGAUUUAUUCAUUGGUGGUACUAAAAGAUGCUUUGUCUGAAGACGACUACAAAAACUGGACUCUCUUUCUUCUUGGAGAAUUUGGAAAAGAGUAUGAGACUCUUUAUGGAGAGAGCAGCAUCACGCCAAAUAUGCACUUGCAUAUGCACUUGCAUGAGUCGAUGCUUAACUUUGGUCCGGUAUAUGCAUUCAGGCUGUAUAGCUUCAAGAGAUACAACAGCAAGUUGAAGAACAUCAAGACGAACUGUCGCAAUGGUCUUGAGGUCACCUUCAUGAGAGGCUUCCUGAAGAAAGCAUUCAUUGGUAGCUUUCUUCGAGCAUAUUCUACCAAUCUUUUAUCACCACUGAUAGAGUUUCUUGAGGGGGUUGCCCAAGUAAAAUCAAAUUCUGACAGCUCUUCUCCCUUGAAUUUGGAUACUGGCCACCCUCCUGCUGAGGUCUUGCCCCCAACCACAUUGCCAAUCAAGUUGCAGUCUUUGACUAUGAUGAAAGAUGAUCACUAUCAGUGGUUAUUUGAAUUCUAUGUCAAGGCUUACCGGAGUACAAGUGUUUUCUUCUGUGUGGUAGGGAGAAUCCCAAUUGGUGAGGAUGUAUUUGUGAACAAUCGGAUUCAAAAGGUGAAGAAGAUUUCGUUGCUGGGGCAAGAGUACUGCAGUGGUGAAAAGAAGAAGCGCGGGUCUUUUGUGAGGGUAUUGUUUCUUAAGAGAACAAAUGACAAUGUAUCUGAAUUCUCUGGUCAAAUAGAGUAUUUAUUUACUCAUACCAUCAAGAUCGGUGGAGUCAAAAGAGUGUCAACGUUUGCAUUCAUUAAAUGGUUUCCCACCUACCAUUCAAGUAGUCAUCAGCCAUUAGCUGAUCAAGGUCUGCAGUUGUGGGACAAGGGAUUUAUGGAAGAGGAUGCUUUGUGCAUUGUUUCAGUGCAUUGUUUACAUUUGUGCUUUGCGUUGACUAUGCAUAAAAUGCAGAGUGGGAUGCAAAAGCACCUGGUUAUUCCACUGUCUAGAAAAUUAGUCACAUAA